GUCAUUCGAGCUGGUGGUCAAGAGGUACUAAUAAAAAGUCUUCCAAUUCAAAAUCAAAUAAUCCAGCACCGGCUCCGGUUCCAGUACCGGCUCAAGCACCCAAACCGUCGGCCCCCAAGCCUGAAAUCAAAACCAACGCGCAUUUACAGCAAUCUGGUUACACCAAUCGGCAGUCUAUUGGGUGGAAUGUACCUGGCACCAAGCCUGAUAUCAAAACGAACGCGCAUUUACAUCAAUCUGGUAACACCAAUCAACGGCCUAUUGGGUGGAUUGUACCUGGAACCAAGCCUGAUAUCAAAACUAACGCGCAUUUACAGCAAUCUGGUAACACAAAUCGUCAGCCUAUUGGGUGGAAUGUACCAGGUACCAAGCCUGGUACCAACCAACAUAGUCGUAUAGAAGGUCAAGGUCAUUCAAGCUGGUGGUCAACAAAUAGUAAUAAAAAAUCUUCCAAUUCAAAACCAAAUAAUCCAGCACCAGCAUCAGCUCCGGCUCCAGUUCAAGCAGCCAAACCGUCGGCACCCAAGCCAGAAACCAAGACCAACGCGCAUUCGCAGCAAUCCGGUAACACCAACCAUCAACCCAUUGGAUGGAAUGUACCCGGUACCAACCAACAUGGUCAUAGAGGAAGUCAAGGUUUAAGUUCUUCGCAACAAACUUUUACUAUUAGUAGAAUAAGGCGUUCAAUGAUAUUAUUCCCUAUGUCCAAAAAGGCGCAUGUAGGUAGGAACCCUAGACGAAAUCACGAAAAAACCAGAGCGAGAGUCAGUCCAGGCAUCCACCAACAAUCGCAAAAUUACCCCACAAACAGUCAGCCACACGGUGGCGCUUGGGGUAAUCAACAAGGCGGCGCUUGGGGUAACCAUCAACAAGGUGGAACUUGGGGUAACCAACACGGCGGCGCCUGGGGUGGCCAACAAGGAGCGUAUGGUAAUCAACAUGGCGGCUGGGGAGGUCACCAUCAGCCUGGAUAUGGAGGAGGUGGUAUGGGUGGAUAUGGAGGAGGAAUGGGUGGGUAUGGAGGCGGAAUGGGUGGAUAUGGAGGCGGAAUGGGUGGAUAUGGAGGCGGAAUGGGUGGAUUUGGAGGAGGAAUGGGUGGAUUUGGAGGAGGAAUGGGUGGAAUGGGAGGAUAUGGUAUGCAACAGCAGAAGAGAGGGUUCUUCAGCGGCGGUAGUACUUUCGGUAACAUCCUAACAGGUAUGGCGAUCUAUCACGUCACUUCGAGUCUGGUAAAAGGAGUUUUUGGUGGAGGCCACUCCAGCAGGCCUUACACCGUCCAUAAUUAUUAUAACCAACCGCCCGAAGCUAGAGAAGAAAUCAAACUUCCCGGAAGUAUGCUGUCGCUGUGCGAAGGAAAUCUUACAACUGUUUGUACAGGUGCCACUUCAAUAUGUACCACAAACAAUACAGUUUUGUGCGUGGUCACAAUGUCCCAAGCAACUUCGUGCGAAGAAGGCAAAGCAAUGUGCGUCAAUACGACCAUUCCUUGUACCGAUAAAACAGAUCCGAUAUGUCAAAAUACAACUCAGCAGGAAACUGAGACGACUGUUAAUAUGCCGUGCUACACCAACCUAUCGGUCGAUGUUAAUUUAUUGAACGAACCAGGCGCCAAAAGUGGGGAAGAAUACCAGUAUUGUGUUACAACGAUGGCUGUUGCUGGUCCGGAUUACAAGAUUUGUUCCGAAGAAAGUCUAUUGGAAAAGCAUGAUUACAGGAGUGUACUAGCGGGUAACCUAACCUACAACCUGACGGUUUCACCGAUGAUGCGUAAAUACCAAGUGUUCAAUCAAGAGAAUCCGACGCAAGCUCCGUCUGGCGAACUUGUACUGCCUCUAGAAGUGCUCAUUCCUUGUAUAGACAACGCCACUACGCUCUGCCCACCGGAUUUGGUGACCAUUUGCACGGGCUACAGCGAAAUCAUGUGCAUACAACCGAUCGCGAUGACGGCUUACAGCGAAGAUUACAAUACCACCGUUUUUAAAAGCAAAAUACCCUGCUUGGAAGCUUUGGAAGACGACUUUUUGUGCCAAAACAAAACUGAGGAGGAAUUGAUCGUAGAGGGCGAUAAGAAAUUCGUUAAAGUCGACAUGCCUUGCUUCGGCAACAUCACCGUGAACACGAAUUUGCCGAAUUUCGACAUACAGACGUUCAACGGCAGCAUACCGCAAGUCGCACCGAGCAGUUUCAUGUACCACUAUCAUUUCUGUUUGAUUACGAUGAGCGUGCCCGGUCCCGAAAGCGAUUUGUGCAUGAUAUCCGAUGGUAAAGAGGUUAAAUCUUGAAAAAAUUGGUUUAGAAAAGUUUUAAGUUUAUAAAAAAUUUAUUAGAAGAAUUUAUUCAAUAAAUAGUUAUAGAAGCUUCUGUC